UGUGAAAACAGAGGUAUAAAAAGAUGAAUAAAGGACAAAAGGAGCCUGAAAAUGCAGAAAGGAUCCCUGUGGUGGACAGUGAGCUGUGUGACAGCGACAGGAGGUUUUUACAAUCUCUGAGAAGGUUUAUUGACGAAGGGAAGACGUACCUGCAGUGUCCAGACGGGGGCGCCAGUGAGCUGCGGUACAUCAUCUACCGCUCCGCGUUCAACAAGGUGAUUGGCCAAGCGGCAGCCAAUCAGAGGCUCCUCCUGGCCAUCAAGGCGGAGUAUGAUGACAUCAUCAGGGAGCUGAAGAGGAGGGAGGAUGAAGCUGCAGCAGAAAGGAGGCAGAGUCCAGACAGAAUCCCGGUCCUUCAGAACCAAACAGCAGAACCUAAGGAGGAGACCAGGAUACAGAACUCCCCCACUCAGAACCGACCGGUACCAGGUUUGACUGUGGCCCAGUCUGAGCAUCCUGCGGUUCUGGUGGUUCCUCCAGAGGAUUCAUGGACCCAAAGUGAAGUUCUGUUGGACAGGAAGAACCGGUGUGGUUCCGUGGAGGUCCAGACUGAACUGGACUCUGAGCAGCACAGAGACCUGAGAGUCCAGAACAUCCUGCUGAGGACCCGCUACAGACGUCUGAAGCUGGUGUGUGACGCCCUGCGGCGCUGGGAGCAGACUGGACCGCCGGUACCGCCGGUACCGCCGGUACCGCUGGAGGACCUGCUGGGUUCUACCAUCCAGAACAUCCAGAGCAUCAGACCAGAGUCGCUGCAGGAUGAAGAGGAAGACUCCUGCUGGCCGGAGCUGCCUGAGGACGAAGAGCCGAGCGGCGCCGACCAGUCCCGGCUGCUGGCGGAUCACCUGGCCAGGUUCCUGGAGCUCUUCAGGUGCGCUCGCUACGAGGCGGCGGCUCUGCAGGCGGCCAGGUGUCCAGGAGUCCUGAGGAGCGCCGACACCCUGCAGAUGUUCACAGGUGUGCAGGGCCCACCUGGCUCCGCCCCCCCGGCCCUCUGCUUCUUCAGGGCCCUGCUGGUUGCCACGGCGACAGGCAGCCGCCUCUCAGGUGAGCUGUCUCUGCGGGGCGUCGGCUGCGCUCUGCAGCACGGAGACGUGGCGCUGGUCGCUCACGCCGUCACCCAGAACAAGCUGACGUUCUGUGAGGCGCUGGGCGACGCGCUCACUGAGCAUGCUCAGAAGGACCCGGGCGUGGCCGACCUGUGCCUGGCGCUGGCCGCCGUCGUCCAUCAGGCCUGCGGGCUGCACCUGAAGGCCGCACUGAGCAUGUGCAGAAGAGGCCUGGUCCACGGCGCCGCUGAGCUGCUGAGGCGGCAGCAGGUGCCUGCAGAGGACGCCAUGAGGGUCCUGUCCCUCUCGCCCAGCCUCCUCCUCCUCCAGCUGCUGACCGAGGCCCACGGCGGCCAGGCGGCCAUCUUGCCUGUGGGCGGGGCCUGUGCCUCCAUGCUGGCGGACUCUGAGCAGCGACAGGUGGCGCUGCAGCUGCUGGACGGCUUCCUGAGCCGAGGCACGCUGCAGGACGCCAUCCUGGAGGACGUUGGGUCCUCGGUGGACGUCUGGGACCAGGUGGCCUCUCUCUGCUCCCACCUGAGCCGGGCCGACCUGAGCCGGCCCGUCCGCCGCGUUCUGCUGGGCCAGAGCGGAACCGGGCUCAGAGGUUCUGACCCGGAGGGAGCCCGGCUCAUGGAGCACGUCUUCCUGUGAGGUUCUGCUGUGGUUCUGCUGUGGUUCCGCUGUGGUUCUGCUGUGGUUCCGCUGUGGUUCUGCUG